CUCACACCCACCGCACAGUCCUCGGCUGGGCGGGCAGACAUGAGCGACAGGCGCAUCACCCGAAAAUUCAGGAGGAGAAAGCCCCAGCGCUUCUCCCACAUCUCUAGCACUGAAGAGCCACCUGGACAGCCCAAGAAGAAGCGGCGCAGCUCAUCGACCGAGACCACGGAGGAUAAGAACACCAGAGGAGAUUCCGCCUCUAUCCAGAUCUUCCCUCCUGAACUGCUGUACUGCAUCAUCUCCUUCCUGCCAGUAAGGGACUUGGUGGCCCUCGGCCAGACCUGCCGGUAUUUCUAUGAAGUUUGCGACAGCGAGGGGGUCUGGCAGCGGAUCUGUCGCCGUCUCUCCCCUCGGCUGCGGGAUGAGAAUUCGGGUGGCAGCCGGCCGUGGAAGAGAUCGGCCAUCCUCAACUACACCAAGGGCUUGUACUUCCAGAUGUUCAGCGGCCGGCGGCAUUUCGUCAGCAAGACGGUUGCCCCUCUCCUCUCGCACGGCUACCGGAAGUUCUUGCCCACCAAGGACCACGUCUUCAUCUUGGACUACAACGGCACUCUCUUCUUCCUCAAGAACGCCCUGGUCUCCUCCACCAUGGGCCAUAUCCAGUGGCGCCGGGCCUGCCGCUACAUGGUGCUGUGCCGCAGCGCAAAGGACUUUGCCACAGACCCCCGGAAUGACACGGUGUACCGCAAGUACCUGUACGUGCUGGCCACCCGGGAACAGCCAGUCACCACUGCUCUGGGGCGCACUGAGGGCUCUGGCCCAGCAACCAGCAGCCGCCUCUGUGACUGCGUGGAGGUGUAUCUGCAAUCCAGCGGCCAGCGGGUGUUCAAGAUGACCUUCCACUUCUCCAUGAAGUUCAGGCAGAUUGUGCUGGUGGGACAAGAGACAGAAAGGUCUCUCUUGCUCCUGACAGAGGAAGGAAAGAUCUACAGCUUGGUGGUGAAUGAGACGCAGCUAGAUCAGCCCCGUUCCUACACAGUGCAGUUGGCGCUUCGGAAAGUGUCCAAGUGUCUUCCACACAUCUCCAUCCGUAACAUGCAUUCCAACCAGAGCAGUGCCGUCUACCUGACAGAUGAGGGCACCGUGUACUUCGAGGUCCACUCACCUGGUGUUUACCGUGAUCUCUUUGGCACCCUGCAUGCGUUCGACCCGCUUGAUCAGCAGAUGCCCCUGGCCCUUUCUCUCCCAGCUAAGGUGCUCAGCUGCGCCCUUGGUUACAACCACCUGGGUCUGGUUGAUGAAUUUGGACGGAUUUUCAUGCAAGGAAAUAACCGUUACGGUCAGCUGGGAACAGGGGACAAGAUAGACCGUGGAGAGCCUGCCCAGGUGCACUAUCUCAAAUGGCCCAUAGACCUGUGGUGCGGUCUCAACCACACCCUGGUGCUGAGCCAGAGCGGGGACUUCAGCAAGGACCUGAUGGGCUGCGGCUGUGGAGCAGGGGGGCGUCUGCCGGGAUGGCCAAAGGGCAGCGCCUCUUUUGUCCGGCUGCAGAUCAAGGUGCCACCGUGUGCCCGCCGUAUCUGCUCCACCCGUGAGUGCCUCUACAUGCUGUCCAGCCACGACAUUGAGGAGGUGCCCGCCUACCGGGAGUUGCCUGCCAGCAAGGCGGGUAUGCCCCCCAGCGACACAGACGCUCUGGCUGCGCGCACGUGUGAAGAGUACCUAAGCCAGUUGCACAAAUGCCCAACGCUGGAGGGGCGCAUGGCCAAAAUGAAGGAAGCCGUUGGUAGCAUGCCUCUCAUGACGUUCCAGAAGGAUUUCUUCUGGGAGGCUCUGGACAUGAUCCAGAGGGCAGCGGAACUCCGGGACACCCCUGCUUCCAGCUAGCUCGCCGAUCGUGGCUCCCUCACCCCAUUCCUCCUGUCCCCGAUAUCCCUCCCUUAUACGCAUCAUGGAUCAUGAUUCACAGAUAGAGAAGACUUCACACUGAACAAUUGGGAAUAAAUAAACCACAAGCACAGA